AUGCUGCUCACGGCAACGGCUGUUGCGUUUGGCUUGUUCUUUGUGUCAGCUGGCGCGGCCUCCGUCCCAUGCACUGGAAACAACGGAGUGGCUGUUCCAGACGCGUGCUGCGUCUGGCUCGAUGUGCUUGAUGACAUCCAGCAGAAUCUGUUCGAUGGUGGUGAAUGCAACGAUGAUGCCCACGAAGCGCUUCGGCUCACCUUCCACGACGCGAUGGGAUACUCGCCGGCUUUGUUCAGAGCAGGAAAAUUCAGAGGAGGGGGAGCCGACGGUUCUAUCAUGGAAUGGUCGGACAUAGAGCUCCAGGACCCCGCCAACGAAGGCAUGGACGAGAUCAUCGAGGCCGAGCGACAGAUCGCGCUCCGCCACAACGUGUCCUAUGCGGACUUUAUCCAGUUCGCGGGCGCCAUCGGUGUCGGGAACUGCAAGGGAGCGCCCCAGCUCCUGUUUUUCGCGGGGCGCAAGAACGAGUCGCAGCCCGCACCCCCUGGGCUGGUCCCUCAAGCGACCGACUCCGUGGACGCGAUCCUCAACCGCGUUGGAGAUAUCGGCUUCAGCGCGCUCGAGCUCGUGUGGAUGCUCGUCUCGCACACUAUUGGCGCGCAGCACAUGGUGGAUCCGACGAUCGCGGGAUCACCGUUCGACUCGACUCCUUACGACUUCGACGCCCAGUUCUUUGUCGAGACUCUCCUGAACGGCACCAUCAACCCUGGGAACGAAAGUCAGGUUCCCGCUGGGGGAGCGCUGUCGCCUUACCCCGGGGAGUACCGUCUCGCUUCGGACUCUGCGAUCGCAAGGGAUCCUCGCACCGCCUGCGAGUUCCAGCACAUGCUCCUGGACCGCCAGAAUAUGCUACGCAGGUACCAGACUGUGAUGAACACACUGGCAUUGAUCGGCCAAGGUGUAAAUGUGCAAUACAUGACGAACUGCACCAAUAUCAUCCCGGUCCCACCGGCUGUCGACUUCGAGCCAUUCCUGCCGGCUGGCCUCUCAAUGGACGAUGUUGUGCCGGUGUGUACAGGUACUCCGUUCCCCUCGUUAGCCGCUGCAGCAGGACCUAUGACAUCUGUCCCGCCCGUGUAA